CAAUCGCUGAUGGGGAAAUAUUCCAACGUCACUUUAACACUUCCGGGCUGGAUGCACUGUCCCGGUGAUGCUCAGAUUUAGAGACUCGGUGGUGGCGGCUAAGAGAAAGAGGUGUUGCCUUGCCGUACAAAAGAACCCUCCCUGUCUGCGACCUUCAGCCACGGCAGCAAGUCAAACUACCUCAGUGACAGCAGGUGCAGUGCAUCAUUGCAUUUCUGUUUGACUUCAUCCCCCAAGAUGAAGUUGAAGGAGGAUUUGAACCCUCUGCUGCUGCAGGUCUUCCGCUCCGUGGUCUGGGUCUACUCCUUCAUCACCUUCAUACCUUGGUACUUUUUCUCCGGAGCAGGCAUCAACCUGGAGCGGGCACGCCGUCUCAAAGCGCGAUCAAUCAGUGGGUACCCAGCAGGGCCUUACAGGGCUCUCAACAGCCGGGAGAAGCUGGUGGCAUGGCUGCACCCCGGGGUGGACACCAUAGACAAAAUGUUUGAAUUCGCUGCAGGGCAGUUUCCAGAGAGGGACUGUCUGGGUACCAGGGAGGUGCUGAGUGAGGAGGAUGAGCUCCAGCCUAACGGGAAAGUCUUUAAGAAGGUUAUUCUUGGGAACUAUAACUGGUUGUCGUACGAGGAAGCAUACCAGGCAGCAAAGUGUUUUGGCAGUGGUCUGGCAGCUCUGGGCCAGAGGCCUCAGUGUAACAUUGCCAUCUUCUGUGAGACCAGAGCGGAGUGGAUCCUCGCAGCUCAAGCUUGCUUUAUGUACAAUUUCCCACUGGUGACCCUGUACUCCACUCUUGGACCCACGGCCAUUGCCCACGGUCUGAACGAGACCGAGGUCACUCACAUCAUCACAAGCAAAGACCUGCUUCAGGGCCGUCUCCAGGCUAUACUAUGUGAUAUACCCAGACUGCGCUAUGUCAUCGUAGUGGAUAGCAGACCCACCAGCUGGCCAAACAUCCCCAGAGGCAUUGUGGUGCUCAACAUGGAUGCUGUUAGGGAGAUGGGAUCUAAACCUCACAACAUCGCAGUCAGCCGCAAGAAGCCAGAGUCUUCGGACAUCGCUGUCAUCAUGUACACCAGCGGCUCCACAGGCAUCCCCAAGGGUGUCAUGAUCUCCCAUGGCAACAUCAUUGCUGGAAUCACGGGCAUGGCUGAGAGGAUUCCUAACCUCAAUGAAGAGGACACCUAUGUUGGCUACCUGCCACUGGCCCACGUCUUAGAGCUCAGUGCUGAGCUGGUGUGCAUCUCUCAUGGCUGUCGGAUUGGCUACUCCUCCCCUCAGACCCUCGCUGACCAGUCUACCAAGAUAAAGAAGGGCAGUAAAGGGGAUACCAGCGUGCUGAAACCGACUCUAAUGGCUGCUGUACCAGAGAUCAUGGAUCGAAUCUACAAGAACGUGAUGACCAGAGUGGAGGAGAUGAGCCGCCUCCAGAAGACGCUCUUUGUGCUUGCUUACAACUACAAGAUGGAGCAGAUCUCUAAAGGCUACACCACGCCGCUGUGUGACAGACUGGUGUUCAAACGGGUGCGUGCGCUCUUAGGAGGAAACACGCGUGUGCUGCUUUCAGGAGGAGCUCCUCUAUCAGCUGCCACACAGCACUUCAUGAACAUCUGCCUGUGCUGCCCGGUGGGGCAGGGCUACGGCCUGACGGAGACCUGCGGAGCGGGAACCAUCAGUGAGGUUUGGGACUACAGCACAGGACGUGUUGGUGCUCCAUUGGUCUGCUCUGAAAUCACACUGAAAGACUGGGAGGAGGGUGGUUACUACAGCACAGACAAGCCCAAUCCACGGGGUGAAAUUGUGAUAGGUGGUCCAAAUGUCACAAUGGGUUAUUACAAACAUAAAGGCAAAAACGGCAACGACUUUUUUGUGGAUGAGAACGGCCAGCGAUGGUUCUGCACCGGAGACAUUGGGGAGUUCCACCAUGAUGGAUGCCUCAAGAUCAUCGACCGUAAGAAGGACCUGGUAAAACUGCAAGCGGGCGAGUAUGUCUCGCUAGGAAAAGUGGAGGCUGUUCUGAAGAACUGCUCGCUCAUAGACAACAUCUGUGCCUAUGCCAACAGUGACCAGUCGUAUGUGAUCAGCUUUGUGGUGCCGAACCACAAGCAGCUGAUGGUACUUGCCGAGCAGCUGCAGGUGAAAGGCACAUGGGAAGAGAUCUGCAAUAACUCCCAGGUUGAGAAAGAGGUCCUCCGCAUCAUUACUGAGGCUGCCAUAGGAGCAAAACUGGAGCGAUUCGAGAUCCCCAAAAAGAUCCGUCUGAGCGCCGAGCCCUGGACACCAGAGACCGGCCUGGUCACUGAUGCUUUCAAGCUGAAACGUAAGGAGCUCAAAUCACACUACCAGGAGGACAUUGAGAGGAUGUACGGAGGAAAAUAACACAAAGACACACUCCAAACAAUACAAAAAUAAACACACACAUAUAUACUACCAGAACUACUUGGGAGAGGAGUUGUACCUUUUGAUGCAGGUAACAUACAAAAAAAACACACACACACGCUUCAAUACAGACACACACACACACACAAUCUCAUGCACCUCCUCCUUCCUCGGCUUCCCUGCAACCAGAUUUGAUCAAAGGCGGUAAAAGCUCUUGUCUCUGUCAAGACCAAGAGGUAGAAGGUCACUCUCAAAACAACCGUACCAUCCCCCUCUUUGAUGGAUUAAGCCCUGUGAGUUGCUAUGACGACAAAGUCGGCACAUGAAGAAGGACGUCUUCAGGACUCAAAGUGAAACAAAUGUCUGUGUAUGUGGAUCGGUGUCGGCGCGCUCCUGUUGCGGCUUCUCUUCUCCCAGUCCCCUUCCCUCUUUAGCUCCUCUCCGUAGCCUUCCACCAGCUCCGCGCGGUCGACGAUAGGAAGUGCAGGCACAUGGCAAAGGAUGCUGGGUAACAUGAGCUCUGUAGAGCGUAUCCCUGCUAGGCUCUAGGUAACAUUCAGGUAGGAAUCUAUGCAGGGAUCUCUAAUGUGUCUGCGUCUGCAUGUUUUCUUUAUGUCUGGCUUUGAAACCCAUCUGUCUGAAUGUUUGUUACAUGGGAGGACUUUGUGUUGCAGAGCCAUGAGAGAUUGAGCAUGCAGACAUAUUUGAAGUACUUUUUCUUACUGUUUAAUUUCUUUUUGUUCUUCUUCCUGUUUUUUUAAUGCCAACUUGUUUACGCUAACUGUACUUAAAUGAGCUUUGUUUACAAGAUUUUUUUUUACAUUUUUCUCCCCAUGUUUGCCCGUGUCCCAACGUUUGUACUUUUUUGAUUGUGUGUGUACUUUACUUGACUAGACAAACCUCCAGUCCUUCCUGCUAUUGGCCUGUAACGUCAGGUGCAAACAUCCGCUGUUAAAGGCAUCCAUUUGGAGUUUAUCCUCCCUGCACUUUGACCCCCUAAGGCUCUGUUACUCCGUAUCUUAACAGCUCCCUGAAUGCUCCCUAACCACAGACAUACUGUAGCCCUGUCACUCAUCAGCCACAUACUCUGUCGUGACCAAUGUACCACAUGGAUGUCUCCAAGGGAACUUAGCCUAGUGUAGAAGAACAGUUAGCCUCUCCAGAUAAAUUUUUUGUGCAGUUGUACAUUUUACCCUCUCAGCUAUAGGUCUUAGCUUACUGUUACUUUUACCUUUUCCUUUUUUUUUUAUACUUAAUACUAUUAAUGAAUGUGCAAUAUUUAUACACAAACUUUAAACUUAAGUACAUAGGAAGGAAACAUACAAAUGCACAGACAGCAGCCCCUCCAUAGUGUGUGAAUGUGUACGCUUGUAACUUUUCAGAGCAUAUAGGACGACGUGUAGAAAUCGAAGUGUAAGGAAUCACAAAAACGGAUGGUAGAGAGACACUGAUAAAGAAGUCGUGCUGUAGCCAAUUUUUUCCAUGUACUGUGCUGAACCAUGUAAAGACUGUAAAGUGAGAAUUUAAUACCUGGCAUUGUAGAAACUGCAUGAUGAGACGUGUGCAACUGUACCAAAGCAGAAGCUUGAAUAUAUAUUUGAAAGAGAAAUGAGAAAAGUUGCACUCCAGUCAAACAACUGAAGAAACUCCUUUAUUUAAUUGUGAGUGUAUAGCAUAAACUCAAAUAACAUUCAGUUUCUUUACUUCAACUGCUUUAUGUGUAUAAUACUGUAUGUGCAAUGUAUAUAAAAGGGUUUUACAGUUCCUGGAACGUUUAUUUGAACUCCUGUAUUACAUUAAUGGCUGUAGGUUUUCAGAUUCAUGUUCAUAUUCUUUGAACGGCUUCAGUACUCGGGACGUCUUUGCUUCACUCUCUCUAAGUUUGCUGGCAGAAAAUCCAGCAUUAUUUUAUCAGAGGUCCUUUGUAAGGGCCACAUCAGCCCCCACCCCCCAGCUGCCGCCUUGAAAAGCAAAUCCUGCUUUGCAUUCAGUGAGGACAUUUAGCAUCAAGGUACAGUCAGGAACUCUAACUCUACCAGCUCAACACAGACAGACUUCUUUACAGCUUGUAAAAGUUAGCUAUCAUAACGAGGUUUUAUAUACUGUAACAUUUCUUUCUCCUGACAUUUCUUUAAGCAGUAGCUUACUGUGCUGUGUGCUGCUUCUCCUUUUGCCCGUCUACAGGCGGCUAGUUGCCUUCCGACACACAUGAGCUGUCUUCAGGGGUCUUAAGAAUGUGAAGCACUCCCUGCGUUUCUGUUGAUAGCACUCAUGCUGAGCCCUGCUACAUGCGUUUGUACAUCCAAUAGUGAGGCAAAGACAGGGUUGUGGUGUGAGGAUGAAUUUCGCCACUUCUGUUGUUUUCACUUGCUUUGUAAAUACUUUUAGAAAAGAGGGGAUUAAUGAUCAAAACAUUUAAACUACCAAUAACUGUACAGGUGUUAAGUCUCCUGUUGACAUAUUUAAUGAUUUGUUACUGACCAAUUUUUUUUCUUUCUUUUUUGUGGGGGGAGAGGGAGGGAGGGGGGUCUCUUGUUUCAUGUGGUUGAUCAGCCCUUUGAAGCCGGGCAAUUGCAAGUGUCUCCUUCCUUAUUUAUUUGUGAUUUGGCCUUGAAAAUUAUGUAAUGAAAUAAAGAGGUUUGUGUUGUUA